AUGUCUUCAUCGGACUCGAUCACUUCGCAGAGCAGCUACAAUGAUUCUGACCAGGAGGCUUCCCGUCGUCAUACUCGCCAUCACACUCACCCUUCCAGACGCUCUGAGAUGACCACAGAAACAUCAACUCAACGACGGCUGCCCGACCUACCAGCCUCGCGGUCCCUCGCUUCGGGCUCUGGCUCUGGCACAGGAAUUGGCCCGAGUAGUUCGUUGCUCCCUGCCGUUCUACGAGAUCGUCUUCCUCCCCUCCCCCUCUCCGCCGCUGAACAGGCCAAUGAAGAGCGAAGGCGAAGCAUCAUCGCCCUAGAUCGCAAGAGGAGGCUUACCAACUCAACAACACAUGAAGAUGGCAGGAGAAGAGCAAACAGUAGUGCCUUUCACGAUCGCAGAUUGAACCACGAUACCCCUCAUGGACCUCCACCUCCUUUCACGUCCCGGCGUCAGGUCUCAUCUGAUACCAACAUCAACCGACACUACCCAGAGGUUAUAGAUCUGACAGAUUCACCACCACCUCCUCUUCCACCGCCGCCGCCGCCCCCACCGCAACCCCCGCAAACACCUCGAGGCAAUCGGGUGCGCAGGUCGUCGUCAGAAAGUUCACGACGAUUCGUGGUGCCGAGAUGGCAGCCUGAUUCUGAGGUCAACGAGUGUCCUAUCUGCAAACGGCCCUUUACGUGGAUGUUUAGGCGCCAUCAUUGCAGAAAGUGCGGCAGGGUCGUCUGUAAUGAUUGUUCACCCCAUCGAAUCACAAUCCCCCGACAGUUUAUCGUCCACCCUCCGGGUCCUGAUGUGCUUACUUCUCCCGUGAGUUCUGGAGCGCACCGCUCGGAAUCACUGGAUUCCAGCGGGACCGACAAUGACGCCAACCCGUCUCGGAGCUCGUUAAGCCCAUAUUCCUAUGGUGCUCAGAGUCAGCUAGAGGGCGGAGAGAAAGUACGACUAUGCAAUCCCUGUGUACCUGACCCUCAGCCCGAUCCUCUCAUGAGGUAUCCGCCCGUCCCCGAUUUCACAUCUCGUGAAGCUCCAUGGGGCGCCGGAGGACGGCAAACUUUAGGAUUGGGCCAUGUAGUGAACCACGAUGCUAGGCCAAGAGGCCACUCUUUGGGAAUAGGAGAUUACACCAGGAGUCCUGUGGUGGUGGGCAAUCCCUAUCUUCAAAACCAGCAUCGUGCCACUGGGCCAGGAUAUGGCAGUCUAGAGGCCAGGACGGAUGCUUUAGGAUGGUUUGGUGCGUACAGAGAACUACCAUCACCUACGAGAUAUCGUUUCCAAGCAUCACCAAUAUCUGCAGGCACAAGCCAAUUCGUGGGACCAUCUCGGGAUUAUUCACCCCAUAACGGACGCUUGACAUCCAACCGUCCGCGUCCAAGCUAUCCGGAGAGCCGACACCCUCGUGAUGAAUUAUUCGACAUCACGACACAGCUGCGUCGACCCCUCCCUCGAUCCUCACAUGACGUUACUGAUAGCUCGUCGGGGCGCCCACGGCUGAAGGAAAGCGAUAUAUGCCCAGUCUGUCGACGGGUUCUACCCCCUCGCGGUCCAAAUGGCGACGAAACGGCCCGUGAAACACAUAUAAUGGAUUGUAUUAACGCUCGUGAUCCAACCUACCGUGCCGAAUCUAGCAACGUGGUGGCAGCUGGGAGCUCUGAAACAGGAGGUUAUAUCUCACAGCCGGACCCCCAAGCAUUACCGCAUCGACUGCAAAUGCUUACGUUUAUAGCCACCGAGAAAGAUUGCGUUUCGCAAGAAGACGGCCAGGUUCAAGAGUGUUCAAUCUGCAUGGUUGAAUAUGAUGUGGGCGAUGAAUUGGUCAGGUUGGAGUGCUUGUGUAAAUUCCACAGGAGCUGCAUUUUGGAAUGGUUGGGACGGAAAGCAGAAUGCCCGGUGCAUAAGCUGUUAGGAUGA